GAAGGCAGAGCAGGGGACUGCAGUUAGGCUUCCUCAGUACCUUGGAUAACCUUGAAGAGAGUGGUGAGAAGGACAUGUGGCUAAGCUUCCUGAUCCCAUCCUCCCUCAGCCUCUGACUUCCCCUUCUCUUGGGCUCCAGGGAACCACAGACCAUGGCUCAAGUGGUAUGGGGAUUGCUGUUCCUGGGCCUCAUGGCCAUGGCUCAUGGGCUUCAGAAGGGUGAUGAUCUGCUCAAUGUCUGCAUGGAUGGUAAACACCACAAGUACAAGCCUGGUCAAGAAGAUAAUCUUCAUCAACAGUGUAGCCCAUGGAAGAAAAGAGCCUGCUGCACAGCAAGUACCAGCAUUGCAGCCCAUGAGGAUGCCUCCCACUUGUAUAAGUUCAACUUUAGUCACUGUGGGAUGCUGACUCCAGCCUGCAAACGCCACUUUGUCCAGGAUCUGUGUCUCUACGAGUGUUCCCCAAACCUGGGACCCUGGAUCCAGCCUGUAAAUUCAAGCUGGAGGAAGGAACGAGUCUUGAACAUUCCUCUCUGCAAGGAGGAUUGUAACAUGUGGUGGGAGGACUGUAAAACCUCCUAUACCUGCAAAGAGAACUGGCACAAAGGCUGGAAUUGGAGUUCAGGGAUUAAUGAGUGCCCAGUUAAGGCUGCUUGCCAUCCUUUCUCCUUUUACUUCCCAACACCAACCUCUCUCUGUGAGAACAUUUGGAGUCGCUCUUAUAAUGCAAGUCACUCUUAUGGCCGAGGCAGUGGCAAAUGUAUCCAGAUGUGGUUUGACCCAGCCCAGGGAAACCCCAAUGAAGCUGUGGCUAAAUUCUAUGCCAAUAGUGCUGCCCCAGGCAUCUUCAGUUGGGGGUGCAGUUUUCCCUUCUUGACUCUGCUGCUGCCGCUGCUUCUCUGGGCUUGAUCCUCCUCAGGCACAAAAUCCAACUAAUCUCCACACAAACCAUAGGCUACAUUGACUGUCUGAGACCUCUGGGACCCCAGCUUCCUGCCUGACUCAGCCUGCUUCUCCAGAGACCCUGACUUCCUGAUCUGGAUUCUCCCUGCUCAAACCAUCCACAGCAGCCUGAUGUGCCUGUUUGGAAACCCUCAGCCCUAUAUGCUUUGGAUUUCACAAGACUCCAUCCCACUCCUGAGGUGGGCAGAGAAGGGAGAACCUUCCUCCCUCCCUUUUUUAAAUUAUUUUUUAAAUCUUCACCUUCCAUCUUAGAAUCAAUACUGUGCAUUGGUUUGAAGUCAGAAGAGUGGUAAUUCCCCCCACUCUUAAGUAACUCCAACUCUAACCUUCCACCUCUCCCCUCUGAAUAACAGAAUACUCCAAUCUCCAGUCUUUCCUUUAGGGGAAAUUAGAUUUGAUUUCUACUCAUUCUAAAAUCUUUUCAAAUUAUUAUUUUGUUGGUGUCUGUUCUGUGUCAGACUCUGGUUUUUCUACUUUUCUUUGUCCUUAGGAAUCACAAUGAAUGUCUUGAUCUGCCUCUUACUUAGUUGUCCACAAAUUAGAUGUUUUGAAACAUUUAAGGGAGGAACUGAAUAAUGAGCUCCUAAAAUUCUAUCAUUCAUUCCAUAAAUUGAGAUUCUUACCCCCAAAUCAGUCUUGAUAAUUUUAAUCACAAUAAACAAUAUCCCUAGUAUCUGGUCCAUAUGCUAAUAAAAAAUUUCUGAGUCAAAAUUAUUUAAGGUGGAGAGAACAAUGGGUUUGGGGACAGAAGACCUGGGUUCAAAUUCAACCUUAUUUAUGAACCUGGGUCUCCCUCAAGUUUAAAAGGAUUGGAAUAGAUAGCUUCUAAUUUCCAUCCCCACCCUAAACACACAAUCCUUUGGGAAAUAUGGGAGCAGUGAGGUGGAUAUUAGAUACAAUCUCUAGAAGCCCCUAAUCCACAUCCAUUUUUACUUUUGCUUUGUCUGAGAUAAUUAUUGCCCCUGCUUUUUGAAUACUAGGCAGAACAAAACAAAGAUUUUGCUCUAGCUCUUUAUAUUGUGUUUCCUUCCCUUUAAUGUGUUUAAAAUACUGCUUACCUUCUAUGCAGUAACAGCUUGAAGACAGAAGGGCAAGAGCCAGGCAAAUAGGGUUAAAUGAUUUGCCCAGGUCACACAGCUAGGAGGUGUUGUGAGUUCAGGAUAGAAGAUGGCAAUUGUAAUAUUUAACCAAUUUUCCUUUUGUGAACUAGUUAUCCCAUUUGCCCCAUUUCCCCCCUUCUUUGGUUUGAAAGGACUGGCCCUUUUCCUUGCUUCCUCUCAGUCCCCCAUCCUCAAUUUGUUUAAGCAAGAACUGAGAGUAAGAACACUUUUACAUGCAACAAUUAUCUGUCUAAUACUAUUCUUGUUUGGAAAUGUUUUUGGAAUCCCAACAUAAAGCUAUUCUUCCUAUUUAUGUGCUUAUUUGUUAUGUUAUAUUCCUAAAUAAUGUGCUUAUAACAAAACAAAAGUUGGUUUCUCCCUGAGGGAUGGUCUCAGGCUAGCAAUAGACCUUGAGUUAUAGCGCAGUAGGUAGUGCAUCAGUCUCAUAAGCCAAAGGUCCCAAGUUCCAUCCUCAAAAGGGGGAUGUGAAACAAUGGGAAAGGCAAAAAGAGGCGGCCAUCCCCACUCAGAACUAACUCAAGGACUGUUGUUAGCUUGAACCUGUGAAGUAGGACCUUUCCUGGGGAGAAACUGCCUACGACUAGUUCAAAUCCUGAGGUUUCUACCUCCAAACCAAAUAAACUGGGGAUCACCAAAUUCCUCCAAACUAUAAGUUGGGAGGACUUCUGGUUUCCAUGUUGACAAACCAUUACAAUAGAUAAGUUUUUUACCUUAAAAACUCUUAAAAACCAGGCCAUAGGUUAUGGUCUUUUUAAAAAAUUAAACCCCAUAAAAUUUUCUCUCCAAAUUUCUCUCCAAACACAAAAUAUAGGGUUACUAAGGUGUGUAAACCUUAAAUUUUCUUAGACUUAUAAAUGUUGGAAAUUUCACCAUUGGGAAAUUUCAUACUUGGAAAAUUUCAUACUGAUAGUGGGAACUCUAUUGGAAUGUAGAACCCCAUUGGCAAGGGAGGUUCCUCCUCCUCCCUUCUUAAGAUUACUUUAGGACAAAAGAAACCUUUUGCUGAACAAUGGAAAGGGCUGCAGCAUAGAUCAAAAUUUAAUUAUUCCAAUCUCCACCCUACUCAGGGUAACAGGAUUUAGGAAGGGCUGCAGCAUAGAUCAAAAUUUAAUUAUUCCAAUCUCCACCCUACUCAGGGUAACAGGAUUUAGGAAGGGCUGCAGCAAAGGAUCAAGAUUUAAUUAUUUGAGAAUAUGACCUUCAACAGACAUGUGCAAAGCCACAGACCUCUGGGCGGUCCUGGGUUAAGCUAGAGCCACCAUUGGCACAGGGAAGACAUGGACAGUGAUUGGUAGAUGUGAGAACUGAGGGGAGUGAACUUGGAUGGUUUCCUUAAAGAUAGCAGGGUCUGAGGACUCGGGGUGGUUGGAGAGUUUUUGUUCUGAGAGGUUGUGCUCUGAGAAGCUUGCUCGGAAGGAAGCUGGAGGUGGAGGCCCCUGAGACUGUUUCUCCAUUUUGGUCACGUGAGUGAUAGGGACUGAUCUCUUUUCUUUGCCUCAGCUAUCUAAGGGCUUGGGCCUUUUGGCCCAGCCUAAACAGAAGGGAUAUUUAAGCCCUAUUCCCUUCUCUCCCCUUUCUCUCUCCCUCUCUCUCUCUAUCUCUAAUACCUUUCUUCCUCCUGUUUGUAAUUAAACUCCAUAAAAGAUUGACUGCUGACUUGAGUUUUCAUUUAGGAAUUACAUAGCUGAAUUCCUUGGCGACCUUAAAUUAAUA